ACCUUUUCAGAUGGCCAAGUAACUAACCUCGAGGAUAAUCGACUUAUUCAUUCUACACCGAACAGUCCUCAAGAUUCCCACAAAAUGUCUUCAGAAGUUAUAGGUUCGGCAGAAAGUCUUGUCGGAAGGGUGCUAGCACAACAGGGGUUGGGUAAAUAUUGUGAUCUUGAUUUAGUGCAUUGUGCUCAAAUAGAAAUGCAAGAGGCGCUGGACAUGACACAGGAAGAGAUGGACCUAGCUGCCCAUGAAUUGAUGCUCGAGGAGCGAUUCAAAAGAAAGGGUGGAGCACCUGUGAAAAGUGUACCACAACGUGGUGGUAACAUUAGGAACAAUAAGCACGGACAUCCGUUAUUAUAGCACCUAACUAGCUCAGCAAAACAAAUUAGCACGUUAGGCUGAUGUGUUUAAUACUAUAAAGAUACCUCUCAUUUUAUAAUUCAUCUGCAGACCACAAUUUCUGAAGCAGAUAACAUUUUUUUGCAAUUGUCAAUAUGUUAGCAUGUACACAUGAACAAUAGAUGAUGGACUUCGUUAAUCAGUAACAAUAUUUCAUCAUCUUUACAUAAUGCUCAAUAACAUGAUCAAGAGAAAUCAUUUGUCGCUACUUUUCAAUAGUUAAUUUUCCAUAUCAUAGUGUUGCAUAUAGUCAAAAUAAACAACAGAAAAGGAUAUUAUUCAUCACCGUUUCUUCGACAUCGUUUUCCAGAUAUUUCGCAACAAUAAAUCCCAUUCUCUGAAGAAUCAAAUUAGCUCAAUCACUAUUUGAAAUGAGUUUUGAGAAAGUAAACCAAUUGUUGUUAAUAACUAUUGAAUUUCAAUAAAAAGAAAGCUGU